AUGCAAGCGCUGGUGGAACGGCCCAAUCUAGUUGUCACUAGAUCCAGAUCACUGGCCAUUCCCACUGAAGAAGUAGCAGAUACUACUACCGAAGAACGCAAUGUGCAACACGUUGCAUUGAGUGUCAUUCAGAACGAGUUCCAUGACAAUCUGUUUGCACGUUACUCCAGUUUCUCCACGCUUCGUCGCGUUACUGCGUUCUGUUUACGAUACCUGCAAUCCUUGCGAGCACGCGCAGUACUGCGCCGAACGGACGCAGACAGCUACCACCAACUCAGUAUUCGCAACGAUACCGUUUCUCCAGUCUCCACCGAAGAAUUGCAACGUGCUGAGCUUCAUCUGUGUCGGCUAGCUCAACAACAGUUGUUUCCUGCAGAGAUCUCUCACCUAUCGAGCGGUGAACCAGUCAUCAAAUCAUCCGCCAUGAAGUGGCUGAAGCCAUACAUCGACGAAGAUCGCAUUAUUCGCAUCGGUGGCCGGCUGCGGAACGUCACACUCUCCGAUUACGUCAAGCAUCCUAUCGUACUCUCUGCCAAACACCCGCUGUCGACUCUGCUGGCUAGUUUCUUUCACUUGAAGCUACUGCACGCAGGACCGCAACUCCUGCUAGCCACACUGCAACAGAAGUUUUUGAUUCUUGGCGGCAGAAAUUUGUCCAAAUCCGUUUUCAACCAUUGCCACACUUGCUUUCGUAGCAAGCCAACACUAGUCCAGCAGAGCACAGCAGAUCUUCCGGCAUCGCGAGUCUCACCAACUCGUCCAUUCUCCGUCUGUAGAGUCGACUACUGUGGACCGUUCCUGUUGAAGGCAACCGUCCGCAAUCGUGCUCCAACCAAGGCUUACGUGGCAAUUUUCGUUUGCUUUGCCACGAGAGCCGUCAACAUCGAGCUUGUUAGCGACCUCACUACAGCUGCUUUCCUGGCAGCCCUCCGUCGUGUGGUUGCUCGAAGAGGAAGAAUCGCCGAGCUGCACUCGGACAAUGCGACAACGUUCAAGGGUGCGUCACACGCACUCAACCGCAUCUACCGGAUGCUGAAGGUGGACAACAACGAUCGGGAUCGGAUUUUCAGUUGGUGUGCGGAGAACGAGAUUCGGUGGAAGUUCAUUCCGCCACGUGCACCGCACUUUGGCGGGCUUUGGGAGGCUGCCGUCAAGUCAGCAAAGAAGCACCUCCUGAAAACAGUCGAAAUGUGCCUCAAUUCCCGUCCGCUGACUCCGAUGCCGAGUGAACCGUCCGAUCUGGAGGUCCUAACUCCAGGACACUUCCUCGUCGGGGCCAACCUUCAAGCGGUACCCGAUGCUGAUUUGCGUGGAAUUCCUGGCAACCGUUUGGAAGCUUACGACGUGGUCCAGAAGCAUCUCCAGAACAUCUGGGCCCGCUGGUACCCGGAGUACCUUCAAUAG